AUGCGCUUUGGGCAGAGGCGCUCGCUGUGGGCGACAUUGUUUGCGGCGCUGAGCUCUGCUUUCUCAGGAUCCUGCUCCUUCCAAGAGGAAGACAGUAUGAUUAAAUUCCAGGAAACUGUGACCUUCAGGGACGUGGCUGUGGUCUUCACGGAGGAGGAGCUGGCACUACUGGACCGGGCCCAGAUAAACCUGUACCAGGACGUGAUGCUGGAGAACUUCAGGAACGUUGUCUCAGUGGGUGAGGACAACAAGCCUCUGUACCUAAGCCGCAAACCACAGGCCCUAUUUCCUCAAAUAAUCAGCUGCAAACCAGAUAGAAUGUUCCAGCUGGAGCACAACGAGAAACUUUGGCCACUGGAUACAGGAUUAAAAACAACACUUCACCUCUUCAGGGAAAAGCAUUGAGUUAUCUCUCUCAAGGAGUGCUCUACUGCUGGCAGAUUUGGAAACAAAGGAUCAGUGAAUUAACUGUGAGUCAGGAGUAUGUCAUGAAUCUUCAAGAAGAUUGUCCCCA